AUGGCAAGGGCUGUUAGUUAUGGGUAUAACCACGUUCCUGUGGUGAAGGACUCUGAACUGGUUGCUGGCGCGUUCGAGGACGUCGACAUUAAGCUGCUAUCCCCAGCUUUUACGACUCCCGAAAUCCGGCUUCCUGGGUUCAAGAAUGGCACGCAGGGGCCGUCUUCCCAAGACGAUAUGGAGACUUGGAUCGAGCAACUGGCCGAACGCAACGACCAGAUGACCUAUCACAUCGCCAACUUCACCUCAGAAGAGCACCGCUCAUUUCCUUACGUCCAUCUUUCCGCCACGCACCGCGGAACCCGGCGCCGCGCAGACUCUGGCUCAAAAGUGCGUGUGUGGAUCCAGGGCGCCGUGCAUGGCAACGAACCUGCGGGCGACGAGGCCACACAGGCCCUCUUGGGCAAGUUCGACGACGACUCGGAGUGGGCGGCCGCAAUCCUCGACAAGCUCGAGCUCAUCGUUCUCCCAAGAUGCAAUCCCGAUGGCGUUUUCUACUUCCAGCGCACUUUGGCGACCAACUUCGACCCCAACCGGGACCAUAUCAAGCUUGCGCGCCAGCAGACGCGGGAUAUCAAACAGCUCAUGAACAGAUUUAAUCCCCACGUCAUUGUCGACAUGCACGAGUACUCUGCUUAUACGCGUUUUGGCGGGGAACGGUACGCGCAUGGGGCCGACGGUCUCUUCUCGGCGGCGAAAAACCUCAAUAUCAAUGAAGGCAUCCGCAGACUUUCCGAGAAGCUCUUCGCCAAGAACAUCGCCGACGAUAUGGAAGCAGCCGGCCUUCGCGCGGAGCCAUAUGUGACCGGCUCCUCUGUGUCUAACUCUACUGUCGUCGCCGACUUCGCUGAGGCCGGGACAGACGGCAAGAUUGGUCGCAAUGCGAUGGGCCUCACGCAGGCCGUCGUCUUCCUUCUUGAGACGCGUGGCAUUGGGAUAGCGGACCAGGAAUUCCAACGCCGCACCGCCGCUGCUUUCACCAUGCUGAGUAGCAUCGUCCAGACCGCUGCCGACAAUGCCGAAAAGGUCUUCACGACCAUUGAGGACGGCAUCGAAGAGUUUACGCAGUCCGACGAUGAAAUCGUUGUCACCGACUACAGCGAAACAGCCAUUCGGCCAUUCGCCAUGGUCGACGUGAAGAACGGCAGUGUUGUCCACCCGCCUGUUCGCUUCGCAUCAACGACCCCCGCCCUGGCGAACCUCACUCGCGCCCGUCCAGAGGCCUAUCUCAUUCCCGCGGCCUGGUCCGACCUUGCCGAGCGUCUUCGAGUUUCUGGGCUAGAGGUGGAGACACUCGACAAGCCAUUCGAGGGAACGGUCGAGGUUCUCACCGUAACAUCCGCCGAGGUGGACACCUCCUAUUACGAGGGCGUCAUUCGUGUAACGGCCACCACAGAGACCGGUGAGCAGGAGGUUAGGCUACCGGAGGGGAGCUUUCGUGUCAGCACGAGGCAGAAGAACGCGGCGCUGGCGAUGGUGGCGCUGGAGCCUGAGAAUAUUGACUCGUAUGUAUCGUUCAAUAUUGUGCCGGUGGAGGAGGGUGAUGAAUACCCCAUCUUUAGAGUCAUGUCUUCAUAA